AUUGAUUAAAAAAAAAAUUAAUUUAAAAAUCCAUGAGCUGCACAUGAUAUUUAGCCCCACCCACACCCCACUCACUCAAUACUCUUGUUGACCAGCCUCGGUCAGAGCGUUUUAGAAGGAAAUAUUUUUAAAGGGGAAAACAUAACUUAAGACAUCCGUAAGUUUUUCAACCGUAAAUCAGCCAACGGAUCGGUCGUGUUCACUGCGUGAUCGAUAAGCUUGACUAACUGGACGUCUCGGCAAUCGGUCACACGUGCUCACUGUGUUAAUUAAUGAUAAUUAAAUCAACGAUCCUGAAACAACAGCUGUGUGAAAAAUCUCCUUUAAAUUUAACGUGGAAGACAUCCCUUGCAGUCGCCACUUUCUGAAAAGAACUCUAUUAAACAGACUGUGUGACGAUUGGUGACUUUUGUUCCAAACAAGGUAGGAACGCAGGUAAUCCGCUACGUUAGGAGUAGCUUAGGAAGGGGGUGUGGGAUGAUGGGCCUCAGGUGAAACGUUUUGAGGGGCGGGCGGCCCGCUGCUUCACAAGGAAUAUUUUCGUCGGGAGUGCAGAAAAAACCGCAGAGAGAAGCAAAUUUUGUAUCUCUUGAACUUCUACUCAGAUAGUGCAGCUAGAGGAAACAUUGCUAAAUUGUAUUUAGUUGUUUUAGGGUUGCCAGAUGAAAAAAAUGAAACAAGAAUGGCAUUUAAUUUUGUAAUGGUCUGAAAAUGAUGACAUUUCAUUUUGUAAUGGUCUGAAAAGGAUGACAUUUCAUUUUGUAAUGGUCUGAAAAGGAUGACAUUUCAUUUUGAAGUUGUUCUGAAAAGGAUGACAUUUCAUUUUGAAGUUGUUCUGAAAAGGAUGACAUUUCAUUUUCUGAUGGUCUGAAAAAGAUGACAUAUUUUGAAAAAGGACAUUUCAAAAUUAUUUAAACUAAAUAUACCAGGCCUAGAAAAAUAAUAUAAUUUUAAUAGCAUACACUUGACAUUCAUUUACUAAUUAGUCUUUUAAACAUAACUCUGCGAGUUAGCUAGUUUAUACCAAAAUUUCUUCGGGAACUACAAAAAUUCGAGCACACCAAGAGCAUAUUGUGUGUACUGUGUGAGCAUUAUCCCCUUCACUGAUCCCCACAUCAAGUCUAUUCUGCUCCUUGGUCUACCCAGUGCAAAUUUCCGCCGCUUGGGUUAUGAGCAGGAAUGAAAAAUUAAAAUUAACAGAUUUUCAAUAAUUCUAAGUAACCUAACAAUGCCGUGGCAAGAUUUGUCACUGAAGCCUAUGAUUUUACAAGAACGUAUUCCAUUUGUCUUCAUCGUUCACGUGACAUCAGCUUGCAUAAUUGUUCGUGCAGUUUUACGUCAUCAAUGAUACUCUCAAAUGUAAAAACUCAAUACAAGGAAUCCGAUCUUCAUAUUUGUACUUAAUGCGUUCUAAUUGUUGUGUACUAUAUAAAUGGCAUUCUCUUGUAGGACCGAUCGUACACUCUUAUGGUCCUGGAAUUUUCUGACGACGUCUUGCCCUAUGAGACCGACCUUACGCUCUUAUGGCCCUGGCUAUUUUGUCAACGUCUUGCCUCAUGAGGCCGACCUUAAGCUCUUAUGGCCCUGUCCAUUGCGACAACGUCUUGCCUCAUUAGGCGGACAUAGCCGUGAAUGAAAUAUUAACACAGGUUUCCGCGUUCAAACCCCCAUUACCACCACCGUUUCCGGGGCAGUCGAGCAACAGGCGAUCCCUUGUUUCGAUAGUCAGGCGACAGAGUCGACAAUUUAGAUUCCUAAGUGAGUCUAGUCGCUUCAGGUAUAGAUGCGUGUCGGGCAGUGUUCCGUCCUCACUUGCAUCAGUAAGCUCCGUUCGUUACGUUUCAGUUUCGUCCAGGGGUCCCUUUUGCGCUGCUGUGGCAUAUUCUGGUGACUUCCAGCUAAGUCAUGGACCUAUCGGGUUGGGGCUGGGCCGCACCUUCUAGCGCAAGGGUAUCGGCCCUGUCGUGCUGUGUAACCUCAGUGUGACAAGGGAGGUACUGAAGAAAAAACCUUUUGGCCUCGUGCAUGGAUACCAUCAACUGUUUAUAAAAUGGCGUUUUUCCCCUGCAGUCUUAGGGAAGCCCCUUCCGAACCGUUCGAUAGCAAAACGUGAGUGGGCGAAGACCAUUGUAUCUUUGGAAACUUUUCCUUGUUGCUAGGCGUUGGUGCACUUUUUUUUAAAGGACAACCAGUAUUACUUCAAGUUAUGUGCAUCGAAGCUGGUUCUAUGUUUCCCUCCUAGGCCCUCAUAUGUCCUCAGUUGGAGGUACCUCUCCUGGGUCCUGAAUGAGUGUGCCGCAGCCAUUUCUGUUUUCACUUGCACGCCCGUUUAUCGCCAUUAAAGCUCCCUCCUUUUGGUCUGUCGUAGGGUUGGUUUUUGUGAUCGCAGUAUUUGCCACAGUAAGACGUAUAUCAGGAAUAUUGAAGCUUUCAUGGGGGGCCCAGUGCUGGGAACAGCCGCAUAUUUUCUGUGUUCUUGAAUAAAGGUAGGCUUUCCUCUAGUGCGUUGACCUCGUUCAUGAAGGAUGGUCGCUUUAGCCUGGUCUGCUUUUCCCAACGGUCUUGUAGUUGGAAACAUGAUUCCGUUCUGUCUAGCGGACUGUAUUGUUCUGCCGUCGUAAGUAUAGCUUUUUGCCUUCUGAUCUCAAGUGACUCUACGUCCACCAUUACUUCUACUGUAGUCUUUGGAGUGGUGCGUAGCGCCCCACAUAGAAAACGAAGAGCGUGAUAUUGUAUGCGAUCCAGACCUGCUAGUGCCGUGUGGCUCGCAACAGCCUGGGCCGGGAAGCUGUAGUCCAUUGUUCCUCUUACGCUCCCAGUGUUAAUAGCUCUUAGGAGUCUUGCAUCUGCACCCCAGUCGCUACAAGCGAGCUUUUCCCCCUGGUUUAAUUUGGUCGUGGUGCUUUGGCGCACAGUUAGUGUACAUGGUCGUGAAGUUGAAGUUUCUGAUCCAACUUCUCCCUCAGGUACACUGGAUUCUUGUUUCAUUUUAGGUCUUUCCCGAUGAUGAUUAAUCGAAUGUUAUGCUUUAAAGCGUUACGUCCAUUUGUGAAUAUAGACUGUACAGCCUUUUCCGCAUUUACGACCAUUUUCCAUCAAGCCGCGUAGGCUUCUAUCCUGUUUAGGCCGUUGUUUUACGUCUUUGCCCCAGCUGCUGAGACUAGGACCCCUGCGGGAGGCCGUCUACGAGGAUUUCAAGGUUUGAUACCUUCUCGUCCUACAUCAAGUAUAGCUUUGGUUAUUAGGACCCCUGCGGGAGGCCGUCUACGAGGAUUUCAAGGUUUGAUACCUUCUCGUCCUACAUCAAGUAUAGCUUUGGUUAUUAGGACCCCUGCGGGAGGCCGUCUACGAGGAUUUCAAGGUUUGAUACCUUCUCGUCCUACAUCAAGUAUAGCUUUGGUUUGAUACCUUCUCGUCCUACAUCAAGUAUAGCUUUGGUUUGAUACCUUCUCGUCCUACAUCAAGUAUAGCUUUGGUUUGAUACCUUCUCGUCCUACAUCAAGUAUAGCUUUGGUUUGAUACCUUCUCGUCCUACAUCAAGUAUAGCUUUGGUUUGAUACCUUCUCGUCCUACAUCAAGUAUAGCUUUGGUUUGAUACCUUCUCGUCCUACAUCAAGUAUAGCUUUGGUUUGAUACCUUCUCGUCCUACAUCAAGUAUAGCUUUGGUUUGAUACCUUCUCGUCCUACAUCAAGUAUAGCUUUGGUUUGAUACCUUCUCGUCCUACAUCAAGUAGAGCUUUGGUUUGAUACCUUCUCGUCCUACAUCAAGUAGAGCUUUGGUUAGUCUCGCUUUACUCAGCCAAACAAGGGGACACAAGGAAAUGUUGCAGUUGACGAAAUUACACAUUCAUGUGAAUUUAUAAACAAUAAAAGCCAUUACUAAAAUCAUCAUUUUGUUGUUGUUUGUUUUACUUUAAUUGAUAAGUGUGAAUGAUGUCAUUUAAGGUGAGGCUUAUCUUGUUUUCAUCAUAAUUGAGGAUGAUGUCAUUUAAGAUGAGGCUGAUCUUGUUUUCAUGAUAAGUGGAGAUGAUGUCAUUUAAGGUGAGGCUUAUCUUGUUUUCAUCAUAAUUGUGGAUGAUGUCAUUUAAGGUGAGGCUUAUCUUGUUUUCAUGAUAAGUGGAGAUGAUGUCAUUUAAGGUGAGGCUUAUCUUGUUUUCAUCAUAAUUUUGGAUGAUGUCAUUUAAGGUGAGGCUUAUCUUGUUUUCAUCCUAAUUAUGGAUGAUGUCAUUUACGGUGAGGCUUAUCUUGUUUUCAUCAUAUGUGGGGAUGAUGUCAUUUAAGGUGAGGCUGGCCUUGUUGACUUACAAACAAAUAUUGUCUCAUUAAAAUGAAAGUCUAUAAAUGUAUUUCAUCUUUAAUCUGAACAGAAAUGAAGUCACUUGUACUGACGGGUUUGCUAGUCUGUGUAGGCCAGAUGCUGGCCUUGAACCCAGGGGUCAAGCUUAGAAUAGGAAAGAAAGGCCUUGAGUAUGGUAGGAUGAAAUUUUUAUUAGUUUAGAUUUGAUACUAAAUGCCUGAAAUGCAAACGUUUAUGAUCAAUUUAACAUACACAGCCUCAUUUAUAUAUAUAUAUAUAUAUAUAUAUAUAUAUAUAUAUAUAUAUAUAUAUAUACACAUGUAUAUUAUUAGCAAUUAUAUAACUGAAUCUCAAGAUAAUUACGGAGUUAGUCAAUCUCAAUUUUUCUUUUACUAUACACAUAUAUAUAUAUAUAUAUAUAUAUAUAUAUAUAUAUAUAUAUAUAUAUAUAUAUAUAUAUACACAUGUAUAUUAUUAGCAAUUAUAUAACUGAAGCUCAAGAUAAUUACGGAGUUCGUCAAUCUCAAUUUGCCUUUUACUAUGCACCAAUCAAAAUUACAGUCAAUAGAAUUGUGGAAUCAAAAGUAAACGAGCGUCUGCAGUCGUUUACCUUAAAUGACUUGGAAGAUUACUCUGGAAAUCCACAGUAUUCGUUGAAAAAGUAAGUUACAUUGAAUUAGUGUAAGAUUAUAUGAUGUUUCUGCAGUCUUGUGGGAUGAGAAAACUUCCGAUGUAUUGAUUUGAACACAUAAAAAUCAAUAAUCUUCUCCUCGCUCUAUUAUCUAUUUCACGUAGCCGUGCCUAAAUUGUACGCAAAAAAGUGGAUCAAAUAGAACUGAAAUUUUUCUCUGUUUUUUCCUGUUCUUUUUAUAUAUUCAUUAAAUAUAUUUGAUAAAGCAAGAUUAAAAUACUACAUGAAAAUCAUAAUCACAUCAUACUAAAACAUUUUUCAGUAAUAAUAUAUAUAUAUAUAUAAAUCAAUAUUAUGUUAUAUUAUAUCUAUCCCCGUAGUUCGAUCAAAAUAGUCUCUAAAUUACAUGUUUCACUAUGUACAUUAACCGUCAUCUCUAAGUGACAUGUUUCACUAUGUAAAUUAACCGUCAUCUCUAAAUGACAUGUUUCAUUAUAUACAUUAACCGUCAUCUCUAAAUGACAUGUUUCACUAUGUACAUUAACCGUCAUCUCUAAGUGACAUGUUUCACUAUGUACAUUAACCGUCAUCUCUAAAUGACACGUUUCAUUAUGUACACUAACCUUCAUCUCUAAAGACAAGUUUCACUAAGUACACUAACCGUUAUCUAUAAAUGAAUUGUUUCACUAAGUACAUUAAACAUCACCUCUAAAUGACGCGUCUCACCAAGUACAUUAAAAAAUGACGUGUGCCACUACUACAUCCUCUUUGAAGUCUAUAGCACUCGAUCACCAGUCGUUUGGCCCCCUUGGUACAAGAAACAGGAUCUGUGGAUCUUUUUUCUAUGGCUUAGCUCAAAUACCAGUAUUAAUAAUACAUGUAUUUUAAUUCCACAAACCAAAAAAAACACAACAGUAUUCAGAUUACAAAGGUGCCAGUGAUCACCAGUAGCGUGUCCUUCAGGCCGGACCGCAGCGGUCUUACCUUAGCCGUGAACGACUAUGACAUUGAGCUCAGCACAGAUUAUUGGGCCAAACACACGAUCCUUUUGUAAGUUUAUAUUAGUAAACCCCGUCAAUAAUGGACACAUUGUAGAAUUGUUUAAUUUUUUUUUUUAGCAAUGUAAAUAACUCAUUAAAAACUAGUUGUUUUAACUAACCACUGAUAUCAUCAUGUUGACAGUUUCCACAGUUCUCCUCGGCCUCACACCCUAUAUAUAAAUAUCCCACCACUUUAACUAGACUCCUCUUAAAUGAUUCCACGAGCCCCUCUACCCAAACCGCUUCGUCAACCCCGUUCUAACACCCCCCCCCCCCCCCCCCCCCCCCCCCCCCCAAGGCCUCCCACUCUAUGACACGACGUUUCCCACCGUUGCGUUUAAGAAAUAUUUAACUAAUGUGUAGACUUGGUUUGAAUUAGUCCCAUUAAAUGAAAGCUCAGUCCCUGUCUGGACAGAUGUGACGUUAAAAACCAUAAAACAACUAAUUGUCAACGUCAAAAAAAAAAAAAAUUUAAAAAGAACACUUAAAAAAGGUCGUACAAGUCCUUCCAAAAUUCAAAUAGAGCUGCACUGAAUAGCAAUGACAAAUCAUUUUGCGUCUAAUAUUAAUAUAGAUAGUUAAAUGAAUUGACAUUUGCAAUGGGAAACUAUUAUUUUAAGGGUCACGAAUACGAAAUGUCCUAUGAUUUGAAACGACAUAUUUAUGUUAAAUUAAGCAACCUUGUCUUUCUUCACCAUUCAAAUCAGCGCAUGUAUUGGGAAUUUGUUUAAAGCCUCUCAUGCAUCAUAAUGACAGCUGUCUUCCCCCCGAUCAACUGAUGGACCGACACAUGAAACGACAGACUGAACAUCAGAUGACAGUGUUCAUUUUAUAGUUUUAUUAUUUUAACUAUUAUAAUUUGUUUUUCUUCUGUGACUGCAGACUGCCUGUUACACUGUCAGGUCGGGUGACUGCAAGCUUUUCAGACGUUUCUGUGUCCACCACCAUUGUGAUCGGUGAGUACGAACCAACCAGCCUCAAAAAGCAAUCAGUGGUAUAUAACAAUUGAAAAAGGGACGUUUGUGGUACCGUGGCGUAGCUUGCUCAAGAACAGAUCAGUCAAUAUUUGUUGCUGUUGUUGAACAUUUGCUUUAUAUAACAUCUAACUGUUACAUGUCUAUGUGACCUAACCAAUAGUGUAGUAUCUUAUUUUAGUACAUGAUAAUAGGUUGUUGAAAAUUAGCUGAAAUAACAUCUAACUGUUACAUGUCUAUGUGACCUAACCAAUAGUGCAGAUCUUAUUUUAGUACAUGAUAAUAGGUUGUUGAAAAUUUGCUGACAUAACAUCUAACUGUUACAUGUCUAUGUGACCUAACCAAUAGUGCAGUAUCUUAUUUUAGUACAAGAUAAUAGGUUGUUGAAAAUUUGCUGAUAUAACAUUUAACUGCUACAUGUCUAUGUGACCUAACCAACAGUACAGUAUCUUAUUUUAGUACAAGAUAAUAGUUAGCCUAUUUAUGGCGAGGUAGAAUAAUCGUCUAACACCAAGCUACAUCUUUCUUUUUCUCAAACAUUGGUUCUCAAACUUUUUUUUCGGCGAUGACCUCAUCCCUAGUGCACCCCCCCUCCCCACCCCGACCGCCCCUAUCGUAGAUUCUGAUAUAUUAUACAGGAUAGCUUUUUGCAAAACCAUAAAAACAACAAAUAAAAUAAAUUGUAAAAAGAGUUUGAUUUGGAUGAAAUUUAAUUACGAUACGAAUGCGUCUAUUAACGUAAGCACAGUAAUAAACCGAUUAACUUGAUCCAGAGAUACCACAUCUUUUUAAAGUUGGUAAUAUGAAUGAUCAACAAAUUGAUCGUGGGCACCUCAAAUAUAAGAAGAAGAAUAUUAUUAAACGAUGGUCGUCUAUGUUAUGCUUCGAAACAGUCGCUAGCGUUUCACUGGUCAAUAUUUUUAAAGUUUAGGAAAAGAGCCAGAUAAAAACAUAAACGUUUUGCAUGACUGGGCUUAAAGGGAACUAAACAUGACUGGGCUUAAAGGGAACUAAACAUGACUUUUAAAUAACAGGGUCAGAAAUUUCGAUGUAUUUUUUGUUGUUGUUUUUUUAUUGUGGGGAGGGGGUGUGGGGGUUGAAUUACCACAUUUAAAUCCCCCAUCCACUAAAAAAAAACGAUAUUAGAGACGCUAAAGUACCCGUCUUCCCACAGUGUAUGAUGACGGCACGACUUUGACUUUUUGAUGCCGAAAAACUCCUGGUUUGAGCUACUAAAUUUUGGUUUCAGCUCAUCAUCAGUUUGAAGCUGAAAAUUGCCAAGUUCCAACCCUGGGUUCCAUAAAACAAAAUCCUAAAUCGCUCUCGGAGAGCUUAUAAUCUAGAAAAUUCGUAAGGCUCCAAAAGACUUGCAGAUUAUCAUCUUGUUGCGUCUGUUUCUCUUCUAGUACAAAAGACAGUGCCGUAGAAAGAAGGUCGGAGGCAGCGGUCCGCCCAGGGAAAAUUUUCUUCUUUUUAUGGGGGAGGGGGGUGGUAGAGAGGAGGGAGAGUGGAGGGGAAGGUGGCAUUUUUGGCGAACUGCAUAUUUUAAAUAUUUUUUUUUCGAAGGUGGCGUCAAAAAUUUUGGUCCGCAUUGUUGGUACUAAUCAUAUCUACACCACUGGAAAAAAGGGCUUAGAAUAUGGCUUAUAUUGCAAUCGGACAUGUUGAAUUUUGAUUUUAAAAAUGUACAGAAAAUUGAUAUUCAAUAAGCAAUCUUGUGUCUGAAGUCUUUGGGGUAAGCCUUUAGAAAUUAUUUUGUGUCUAAAACAGUGUCGAAUAGCUUCUAAAAGUGACCCCCCCCCCCAAAAAAAAAACAUAAAUUUUGAUAGCCAACGAAAUUUACUACUAAGCAGCAAAUUUUCAAAAUCGUUUUUUUUUUAAUUUGGGGUUAGCCUUUAGAAAUUAUUUUUGUUCAAAAACAGUGUCGAAUAGCUUCUAAAAAGGACCCCCCCCCCCAAAAAAAAAACAUAAAUUUUGAUAGCCAACGAAAUUUACUACUAAGCAGCAAAUUUUCAAAAUCGUUUUUUUUUUAUCUCAGCAUGAUAUAGUUUCUGGAAUAGUUGACAAUCGCCUUAACUUACAACAAUGAAAGACGCCGUUGAAUGAUUAAGGGCAUGGGAUUAAUCAGUUUUAUUUUAACAACCAGAUGUCUGCGAUGAAAUACAUAAUGAAUUAUGAAAUCUAUAGGCUAUAUUAAAAACAAAACAAUAUGAAAAACAACUAAGUGACGUGACAUCAUUUGUUAACGGAUCCAGAUGUCAAAUAAAAAAAUAAUGAAAAGUAAUAUUCCACCAGUGUCACAGAGAAGACCAUCUCUUUCAAGCCAUCGCCUUAUUUUUAUUUAACUUUAAAAUUAAUAGUUUUCCCUUUUUUGGGUCGAAAAUCUGACUAAGAUAACAAUGAAUGUGUUUUAUUUCGCCACAGGAGACACACGUAGAUUUUUUUUUCAUCCACGUCCAGUGAGUGUGCUUUAAAAAAUAUAUCCAACUGUAAUUUUUUAAGAGCGAUUCAUGAGGCUGUAAUCUCAUUGCACAUCGCUAACAAAUUAAUGAUAGGUUAUUGAGUUGUACUGAAGAUCAAAAUUUGUUCUUGUGUUUCGGAACAGAAUGUUAUCUUAUGUCUCCUUUCCAAUGCCAACAAUCGAAUACUUAUUUUUCGUUUAAUUCAAUAUGAUUUUUUCUUAUAAAGAAAUGGUAAUUUCUUUGCCAGCGCCCCAUUUUAUUUAUUCCCCAACAACACCCCAAUAAAAAAAAAAUAAACUAAAACAACAACAACCUCCCCCCAAAAAAACAAAACAAAACAAAACAACAACAACAACAACAAAUCCACCUACCGAGGAUUUAACCGCCCUCCUGAGCAGUGGCGUAGCUUGGUGUAGGAGAGAGAGAGAAUGAGUGAGAGAGAGAGAGAGUGUGAGAGAGAGAGGGAGAGAGAGAGAGAGAGAGACUCCCCGCACCAUCCUUGAAUUCUAAAUAAAGCACGCAUUUGGAUUGGUUUUAAGUGAGAAAAAUAAAAUUUAAUCGUGAUCGGUUUCCCUAAAAAGGCAAUUAUUCGAUUAGACCGAGCAGUUUGUGCUUUGUAAAUAUGCAUUUUUUUCCCCAAUGGUGUCACCCCCUGGGAUAGUGUCACCCGAUGCGGUCCACGACCCCGCACCCCUUGCUACGCCACUGCCCCUGAGCCAUCCCACCGCCCCCAGGGGGCAGUACAACCCACGUUGACAACCACUGAUUUAAUGCAACGAACUAUUCAAUCCCAGCGGUUCAAAGGCCAUAUAAUGACCCGUCAAAAUUACUGAAUUUUUACUACUUUCGAAUGUAUUAUGUGCGGUAAAAUAUUAAUUUGAAUGUUUACAGGGUAAUAAAUGUCUGAAAAUAGUUUUUUGUUGGGCAAUAUUUAUUUGGCAGUUACAUUUCUUGCUUCUUUUUUUAUUUUUAUAAACAAUGAAUUUAAAAAUAACAUUAGUUUACACACAAAAACUAUUAUUAUCAAAAUAAUAAAUAAAUUAAAAUGUGUUUGUUGAUAUUUCAUGCGCUUAAAAAAGGCUGGAGAAAAACGGAUAUUUAUUUGUUUGACACCAAUAUAACUCGAAUUAUAUCCAUUGCCCCAAUCCACCAUGAAAUCGUGACGUAUUCAUAAUUGGCACGCUACAUUUUUCUGGAGUUAUUACUAUAAAUGAUAAUUGCAUUCCAGAUCUAGACAACGAUCCCCAGCACAGCCCACUCCUAAAAUCGACAGGUUGUGUGGCUAAAGUUGGUGAUUUGAAGCUUAAAUUUGAAGGUAGGGCUGCCUGGCUGUUGAAUUUAAUUAAAGGACUUUUCACGGAAAAAGUGUCAAAAUCAAUUAAAGACAAGGUGAGUCAAUUAAAAAGUAAAAUUAGAAAAAAUAUGCAGAUAUUUUUAAACUUGUUUUUUUUUAAAACACUAAGCAACCCCCUCCCCCCCCCCCCCCCCAAAAAAAAAACAAAACAACCCCCCCCCCCCCCCCCCCCCAAAAAAAAAAAACAACAACAAAAAAACCCAUAACAAUCACGGAACGCAAUUUACGUGUCACACUAAUGAAAAUUGUGCAUUCUUUCAGAUCUGUGCACUUGUUGCUAAUACCAUCAACAAAGAUGGGGCAGAUGUGUUGAAGAGGACUCGUCGUAAGUAGAGCAGCCUCUAGCCGAUAAGUGGCUCUAUUCUGUGUGCACGUGCUUUCCUCUAUUUCUAGUACUUGUAUUUUUUAAAACUUAUUUUGGCAGCAGCCCUAACCCCGUGUCAAGAAGAUGAUGGUCUUCGCUGACGCUUCGAAAUCAUUAGGCCUGGGGAAUUUGUUAUGGAGAAUGCGCUAGUUACCCGGUCAGCAUAUCCCUAACCCCUCUCAGCGCAAUCUGGUCAACAUGAAGCAACACUAAGGGUAUUCGCAGGAGUUUUUCCAGAAUAUGCAUCGAGUAAUUGCCAUACCGCCUAGUGAGAGGACCCCGUCUCCGGAUUUUUAUGUCAGAUUUCUCCCUGAGGUUCACCCAAGGGUUUAUAGGUGCAAUGCGGAGAUUUGCAAUCAGAGAUUGAUUAGCCCCACUCACUCGGAGGGUCUGUGCUGUUUUCUAACACCACACCACCGUCCUAGAGAUGAGUCAAUGAAGUUAAUAAAAUAUUUAAGAUGCAAAUUUUUUUUGAUACAUGAAAUAUUUUAAAGGAGAAAGCAGUAUUCUUUUUCAUAAUUGAAGAAUUCCAUAAAAUGUACUUCUUUAAAUUUUGCUUAAAUUAAACGAUUGAAUUUUAAAAUUCUAACAUCGAGAAAUACUUAUAAAAAAUCGCCAGAAGCUAGAUAUUCAUGGAUGAUUAUUGGAGCCUUUUGUUAUAAAGGUUAAUUAAUUAAUUAUUAUCAUUUGUCACUUAUAGACCCAUUGCUACAUCACCAAUUAAAGAAAUACAGCUAAAUUACUAUUCAAGGACCCAUAGCUACAUUUAAAAUUAACGUCUCGCAACAUUAAAAAUUAAAAAAAACAAUUGCUACAUUAAAGAAUUAUUACUACAUGAACAAUCAAGACUUAUUGCUAUAUACAAAUUUAAAAAAAGCGUUUACUAACAAUGAUCCACAGUGACUCAUGAAAUCAAAAAGCUGUUUGUGGAUUACAGUAUUACAGGACCCGUAAAUUCCAACUCUAAAUACCUGGAGAUUAAACAUAAGGUAUACAAUAGUGGUCUAAUAAGCCCCCCCCCCCCCACAUUUUUUUUCACCGUGAAUAAAAAAAAGCGUUUACUAACAACGAACCACAGUGACUCAAGAAAUCAAAAAUCUGUUUGUGGAUUACAAUAUUACAGGACCCGUAACUUCCAACCCUAAAUACCUGGAGAUUAAACAUAAGGUAUACAAUAGUGGUCUAAUAAGCCCCCCCCCCCCACAUUUUUUUUCACCGUGAAUUUGUAGGAAAAAUAUUGCGCAAGGUAUCAGUAUAUAGGACAGCAGAAAAAUCAAAGGUAGCAAGAAACAAAUAAGGAAAAUAAAUAGAAUACGGCUUCAGAAAAUGGAAAAAAUAUGAAAAAUUUGUUGACAUAAAAGAAGUCCAGUAGCAAGCACAAAGAUGUACCAGUGCUAUGCACUGUUAUGCACUAUUAGCUAAUAGGGGCAGGGGGGACAGAUGUCCCUGGGUUCCAGACUAGUUAGGGGCGCCAAAAUGUGCUUUGAUAUUAUUUUAUUGAUGAAAAUUAUGAGUUUUAGAGUUGAAAAAAGAAAAGGGUGCGCUUUAAAAUGAAUCUCGUCCCCCGGGCGCCAAACACUCUAGCUACGCCUCUGGUGUAUGGACGCAAGAAAAGCAUGUGUCAGCAGGAAAGGCCUUAACAUGAAGCAAAUCUGAUUAAUAUUCAGAGACAGUCAGAGAGAUGAUCUUGAAUGAAUGAACCAAAAAAAAAUGAUAAGAGAGGUGUCGCGAGAUAAGGUUAUGAAGCUGUGACAAUGAGAGGUGUCGCGAGAUAAGGUUAUGAAGCUAUGACAAUGAGAGGUGUCGCGAGAUAAGGUUAUGAAGCUAUGACAAUGAGAGGUGUCGCGAGAUAAGGUUAUGAAGCUGUGACAAUGGAUAAUGAAAUGCAUUUCUGGUCACUUUUAAACUAGCGGUAUCACGUUAUUGUUACACCAUGGGAUGCUGAAAUUAAUCAAUCUAAUAAUAAUAAUAAUAAUAAACAGGGGGAAGUGUCCUGGAUGGGAGACAACUCAGCUAUUCCAAUAAUCGCCCCACUGAUGCCGGACAAGGAUCCUGACAACAACUUCAUGGCGGAGGUGUUAGUAUCGAAAUACUCCGUUUCGACACUUGCUUACGUGGCACACAAAAAUGGGUAUCUAAAUCUGGACGUCAAUCCAGAAAAUGUGAGCAAACGUAGUCUGUUUUAAAUAAUACAUAUAUAUAUAUAUAAAUAUAAAACAUGUUUAGAGAGUCUUUUUUAUUUAUUGACUAAGUAGGUGGGCGGCAAACUCCUGAGUCAAAAAGAGCCACACACACACAAAAAAAAACCCAGCAGGACGAUUAAAAAAUUUUUUGAGAGCCAAAUUUCUUAACAAGAAACUCUCAAGAACCAUAUUUUUCGGAGUCAAAACCGACUUGUGGCCGACUGGCCGAGCCGCACUCGGGUCGCUAAAGAGCCGCAUGCGGCUCUCAUGCGGCUCUCGAGCGCCAUGAUUUGCCGAUCACUGAACUAAGAACCAGGGGUUCUCUCCCGCGAUCCCAGGAUCCCACACGAUUUGCAGUAAAAAAAAAAAAAAAGUAUUUCCGGGGAAAUUUCCUAUCCCGGGAAAUCCCGAAAAUACUUCCUUCUAAAUUAGCAGUAGCUUUUAGUUAAAAGGGGCUCAAGCGUUUUAAAAAAGAACCAGGGGUUCUCUCCCGCGAUCCCAGGAUCCCACACGAUUUGCAGUAAAAAAAAAAAAAAAAGUAUUUCCGGGGAAAUUUCCUAUCCCGGGAAAUCCCGAAAAUACUUCCUUCUAAAUUAGCAGUAGCUUUUAGUUCACAGGGGCUCAAGCGUUUUAAAGUCAUCACGGCAUUCAUUAAGAAGCUGAAUGACGCUUGCAACGCUUUAUUGGAAAAAAUAAAAUAAAUAAAAGCCUUUUAAAUGGGGUAAAGUCUCGGAAAGUAAAAUACAAGAAGACUCCAUCCUACCCGCAUAAUGACCUUUAACGUCAUGAUUUAAAUAGCAACUUUUAAAUCGUAAGGCAAGAAUUUAAAAGAAAAAAAAAAAGAAGAAAACUAUUUAAAAAUCACAACUUCACAAGUUGUCUAUUGUUGCAGCCGGCGACCCCCAUUUGAGGUCAAUGCCCAUGGGCUGGAAACCUGUGCUCUAUAAACUUGAUUAUCCCAAGACUUCAUGUGUCUAACAACCUUUAUACAGUUUGUUUUUUGUUUGCCUUCCAAAACCAACAUAGUGAGACAUGUUCCAUAUCGAUACCACUCAUUGACAUCCUAUUUUUAUUUGAAACGAUCCCCUUGCUACACAAGUUGUUCAUAAAAAUGUGCUUACAAAUCUUUAAUGACGGAUUUGAAUCUAGAAUUAGCGACCUGUCAAGAAUGCAAAUCUCAUGAAGUGAUAUGUGCUUUUCUUUCUACAGGCAGUUAUAUCAGACUUUUGCUGAACAAACAUAUUAUGAGCUCGUUAUCUAUUACUUUUGGGCUAAGCCGUGGACAAUGAAGCAAAUACUAGCAUGUGACCAACCUCUCAAAUAACCUUAACAUUGUUUUCUAUUCCUUGCCAGACAAUGAAAUUUAAAGGACAAUGCAAAUGAACUCUUUUAUUGUCCAGUAUACAAUAUUUUUUUAAAAUUAAUCAAUUUUAUCCUGGGAUUUUCCACGGACUUCCGGGAUCAGGAAAACCAUAUCCUCCGGGAAUGAGAACCCCAUAUCCUCUGGUAAUGAAUAACCCAUAUACUCCGGGAAUGAGAAACCCAUAUACUCCGGGAAUGAGAAACCCAUAUUAUAUUCUGGGAAUGAGAAACCCAUAUACUCUGGGAAUGAGAAACCCAUAUACUCCGGGAAUGAGAAACCCAUAUCCUCUGGUAAUGAAUAACCCAUAUACUCCGGGAAUGAGAAACCCAUAUACUCCGGGAAUGAGAAACCCAUAUAUUCUGGGAAUGAGAAACCCAUAUACUCUGGGAAUGAGAAACCCAUAUACUCCGGGAAUGAGAAACCCAUAUACUCCGGGAAUGAGAAACCCAAAUACUCCGGGAAUGAGAAACCCAUAUACUCUAGGAAUGAGAAACCCAUGUACUCCGGGAAUGAGAAACCCAUAUAUCCUGGAAUGAGAAACCCAUAUACUCCGGGAAUGAGAAACCCAUGUACUCCUUGAAUGAAAAACCAAUUUCCUCUGGGAAUGAAGAACCCGUAUAUGCCGGGAAUGAGAAACCCUUAUACUCUGGUAAUGAGAAACCCUACUUGGUACAUCAUUGAAGAAAAUUUUAUUUUCUAAUACCAGCGUGUUAAUCCAGACUAUGACCCAGUAUUCAUUGUCAGUGAUUUGUCAGUAGAUCUGUUACUGUCAGGCGUAACCAUUAUUAUAGUGUAUGAAACUAUCAGUUCCGAAUUCUCACCGUAGAGUCACGUCUGCCUUUUAUGAAUGUUACGCGUUGCAAUUGUUUCCCAAAGUUUAAAAAAAUGAAAAUGUUUAAAUUUUAAAUUGUGCAACAUUGUAGUUAAUGCUUAUGGGCUCAGCAUACAGUGUGCUAUGAAGCUUUCUAUGUUUUUUUGUGAUCACUCAUUAGCUGCCUGUAGAUAAAAGACCAUUCCUGAAAGCAACGUGUCCUGGCUCGGUUUGUGUUGGAUCUAUAGUACCUCUUGUAAGUAUCAAUCUUUAUAUAUAUAUAUAUAAACAAACACUUUAUGUUUGUUAAAAUUUUCUUGUGCUGGUGCGUCCAAGUGGUCUCAACUAAGUCUCCAUGAAAUAAGCUGGAGGUUAUUGAGACAAGCUUAGAAAAGCAAAAAAACAUACCCAGCAGGCCAGGAAGAUGAGACGCGUUAACCCUGGAUUUCAUAUCUAUAUCUACAUCUAUGCAUAUAUAUCUAUAUCAUCUAUAUAUAUAUAGUAUUUUUCUAAUUAAAUAAGUGGUUUUUUUUCAUGAGUAUCAUCAAUAGUUGUCAUAUUUUAACAAUUAAACUCUAUACUAUUUUUUAAAAAAAUGUCCCUAACUUCACAUUCAAUGUAACAGAGGAUAAAAGAAUUCAAUUUAAUUUUUUAACAGGUUGGUGAAAAUCAUCCAGACUCUGUGAUCAGCAUCAAAGUGUACUCACCAGUCUCCCCUCAAGUAACCAUUUCAACCGGUGGUCUCAGUUUACAAAUGACCGGCAUCUUAGAUCUGUUUGCCGACUCUGAAGGUAGCAAGCCAUCCAUCCUCCAUUGCGAGCUGGUAAGUUUCACCAGGCGGCAGCCUAUUCUCGAAGGGGCGCAUUUACCUUUCUCACGCCAUUUAAGGAUUCGUAGAAACCAUCCCCCGGAUUCUAGCCGGUUUUUGUUUGUUUUUGUUUUUACUGCAUUUGAACUGAUUUUUUCUUGAGAUGUUUCAAGUAAAAUUAUAACUUUAUUUGCAGUCGAUUUCUCUCAACGGAACGGCUUCUUUCGAGAACGAACUCAUAUCAGGAAACAUUAACAGCGUCAGGUCUGAUCCAUUUUAAACACUUUAAUUAUCACAAAAUUAGGAUUUGGGGAAGUACAUUUUUUUUUUAAAUUCCAAAAGAAGGAGCUAUGUAAUGAAAUGAUACAUCCUUUCAAAUAAUUAUGAUUGUAUCAAGAAGUGGAGAGUGCGUGUCUAACUCACAAUCAAGAGACAGUGGGGUAAUAUUUCAUCCAGGUUUGUCCACAAGCUGGACUCUCUAUAGCCAAUCGUUUCUGGGGGGGGGGGGGAGGGGAAAUGAACGGGACAGAAGACCGUUCUUUGAUUUUGACGUAGAAAGAGAUUUCCUAAAAAGCUAGGCUCUCCGUAAACACACAUUGACAUAAUAAUACAGUCGGUUAUCAAUGGGCGUUAUAGUUUGCUGUACACCAGUAGUGACAUAAUUUGCUGUACACCAGUAGUGACAUAAUUUGAGUACAAAAAUAUAAUUUCGGUGCCUUUGUCCGUACACCUUAAACACUAUCUGACUCCUGGACCUUAAACACUAUCUGAAUCCUGGACCUUAAACACCAUCUGACUCCUGAAACUUAAACACUAUCUGACUCCUGGACCUUAAACACCAUCUGACUCUUGGACCUUAAACACCAUCUGACUCCUGGAACUUAAACACUUUCUGACUACUGGACAUUAAACACUAUCUGACUUCUGGACCUUAAACACCAUCUGACUCUUGGACCUUAAACACCAUCUGACUCCUGGAACUUAAACACUAUCUGACUAGUUAACCUUAAACACUUUCUGACUCCUGGACUCAGGACCUUAAACACUAUCUGACUCCUGGACCUUAAACACUAUCUAACUCCUGGACCUUAAACACCAUCUAACUCCUGGACCUUAAACACCAUCUGACUCCUGAAACUAAAACACUAUCUGACUCCUGGACCUUAAACACUAUCUAACUCCUGGACCUUAAACACUAUCUAACUCCUGGACCUUAAACACUAUCUAACUCCUGGACUCUGGACCUUAAACACUAUCUAACUCCUGGACCUUAAACACUAUCUAACUCCGGGACCUUAAACACUAUCUAACUCCUGGACCUUAAACACCACCUGACUCCUGGAAUUCUGACUAUUGGACUUUAAACAAUAUCUCACUCCUGGACCUUAUUAAAAAUCAUCUGCCCCUAAAACAGCAGAUGCAUUGCAAUUUAUGAAAAUAGGCAAAAUUGCGUAUUUUAGCCAAAGCUUUAAUUUUCUUUUUAUUUAAUAACCACGUGGGAUAUCAAUGUAACUUAUUCCGUUAAUGUAAAAUACAUUUAAAAUGGUAAAUAGAAUGUUUGUUGUCAAUUUAAGACUAUAUUUUCACAACUUUUAAUGAAAGAAAAACAAUGUAGUUUAGGGGCACUAACAUGGGAAGGGUAGGUCCAACAUUUAACUAUUUAAAAACAAAAGAAAUCUAAAGUAUUUCUCUAGCGUAGAAAUCAGCCGCCAAUGAACCCCUUUACUGACAAUAAUGAUUUAAUUAGUGAUCAUUUAAAUUUGGUAACUUAGGGUCAUGUUUAGAAGAAAAAAAUUAAUUUAGGUGCGCAAAAAGGGGUAGGGUAGGAGUAUAAUAUACAGCAUCAAAAUACUUCUGAAAUAAUAUUGGAAACGAAAACAUUAUUACAUAGCUACUUCUUUUCAAAAUAAAAAAUUGUUAGGAGUUUUCGCAAAAGCAGGAACAAAUUAUUGCAAAGUGCCUGCCAGUAUUAUCUCGAUAACAUCGGGUCAUAUAUUCUAGUAACAAUAAUAACAACAAUUUCCCUGAUAAAAAUGCUUAUAAUUUUUUAACAGUAAUACAUAGAUGAUCACUGGUAGGGAAUAAAAAGGUUACCUCAACUCUCACGUUCAGAUAAAUGAUCAAAAUAAUUAUUUAAUUGUUACAUUAGAUGUAUUUCUAAUUUGUAAUAAUUAUAUAUACAUAUAAAAUUGCUUAUGCUUAAACAUGAGUAGAUAUGUUUAAAAAAAAAAAUCAUAUUUAGGUUGAUUCGGUUAGAAAAUCCCAAGCUUUGUUUUCAAGAGUCCUUGGGGUGUUUAAACUGAUUUUGUUUUUAAAAAAAACAUUUCUUGGUCAGCUUUGCUUAGCUCAAUCUUACAAAGAGGGAAAAAAAAUAAUAUCUUAACUCUCACAUGUAGUUACAACUUUACCAUUAGUCCGCAUAAUUCUGUAAUCGUUAUUUCCCCCCCCAAACAGCAUUCGCGUCAGUAAUGUUCAAACUCAACUCGGAAAAAUCGAGGUAAGUGUAAAUAUAAGACUUAUUUAUUUAUUUAAUAAAAAAAAGCAAACAAAUUACCCCUAUCUUUAGACAUGUUAUUAAAACUUGCGUAUCCAGAAAUUUGGUCGAAAGAAAUUUCGUUGACAGUAAAUUGAUCGAUGGUAAUUUGAUCGAAUCUUCUUUUAAAGUUUUUACAUUAAAAAGAAAAGAUUCGACCAAAUUUACGCUCGAUCAAAUUACCGUCGAUCGAAUUUCCGGUAACCUAAAAUUUGAGAUAAAAUAAUCCGCGUGCGCACAAAUCAUUGUGUACAAACAAAAAGUCCGUUGAACAACAGGGACAGACGAAUCUUCGAAAUGUCCUCCCUUCGCUCCUGUACCCAUAGUUAAGCCAUCAUUAAUAAAGCCAUUUUUAUCUUAUAAAGCAAUUCUAGUGAGUCUGAUUUUGAGAUGGUAGUGUAUAUGAAUCAACACAAAUUAACUGCGGUAGAGGAGUGAGAGAGAGAAGGGGUUGUGGGGGGGGGGGAGUUGAGAGGGAGGUUCAUCUUUUUCAUCUAUAAUUUUUUCAGAAAUGUUUAAUGAUGACAAUAAUAAUAAAAUUGUACAUUGGUCAUUAGCUUACAAUUUGUAGGAGCUUCCGUAAACAGUAGCUACUCGUGUGAGUUACUGGUCUGCAGCGGGUCCACUAGAUGUCGUGGGUUAAAAGGGGAAAUAACCUGAUGAAAAUAGGGAAAUGUUGUCAGGACUCCCCGUGAUGAAGCCGCAGCUCCACAGGACGUCACGGCGUACAUUUUUGUGAACGACACAGGGGAGAAAAAACCCGUUGACACAUUUUGGGAACCACUGGGCUACGACAAAGAGACAGGGGAGAAAACCCGUAGACACAUUUUAUGAGCCACUGGGCUACGCCAAAGAGGCAGGGGAUAAAACCCGUUGACACAUUUUAUGAACCGCUGGGCUAAAACAAAGAGACGGGGGAGAAAACCCCGUUGACACAUUUUGGGAACCACUGGGCUACGCCAAAGAGGCAGGGGAGGAAACCCGUUGAUACAUUUAGGGAACCACUGGGCUACGCCAAAGAGACAGGGAAGAAAACCAGUUGACACAUUUUAUGAACCACUGGGCUACGCCAAAUAGACAGGAGAGAAAACCCAUUGAUACAUUUAGGGAAACACUGGGCUACGCCAAAGAGACAGGGGAGAAAUACCGUUGAUACAUUUUGUGAACCACUGGGCUACGCCAAAGAGAUUGUGGGGGAAAUCCAUUGACACAUUUUGGGAACCACUGGGCUACGCAAAAGAGACAGUAGAGAAAUCCCUUGCCACAUUUUUGCGUUACUGUGACGUUAAGACGUCAGAGGCUCUAAAAAUAAAUUUAUUUUUUCGAAAAUUCAUUUGUAUGAACCAAUAGGGUUCCAAAAAAAAAAAAAUUCGGCUUGCGAAAGAGGGGAAAAAGGGCUGGGAGGGUAACAUUUUUUUGAGUAACUAUUUUAUCGCUUGCCCCCCUUUUUAAAAAAAAACGUAUAGUGUUAAUGCAUGGUUUACUUUGACUUUUCUACAGACAGACGACUUGAACGAUGUAGUCAAGAGAGGAUUAAACUUGAAUUUUAUUCCAAAUUUAAACAGUGAGUAGAACUAUAAGUCUUGUGAAGCAAAUCUGCUACAUGUACAGCAAUAAUGUCAUUAGAGUGAGUAGGCUUAUAAGUCUUGUGAAGCAAAUCUGCUACAUGUACAGCAAUAAUGUCAUUAGAGUGAGUAGGCUUAUAAGUCUUGUGAAGCAAAUCUGCUACAUGUACAGCACCAAUGUCAUUAGAGUGAGUAGGCUUAUAAGUCUUGUGAAGCAAAUCUGCUACAUGUACAACAUGUCAUUGCAAUGCCACAUUAACAAAAGUGUCAGAACCUGCUGCCUUUUGGGACGUGAAAGGAUCCACAAAGGAUGGGCCACAAAAUUAAGGCAGCAACCUAGAGAGAUGUAAGGAGCAGCCAGCCCUCCCCCCCCCCUCUCCAGAUAGUUGUGCACAGGGCUAACAACCCGGCCAUAUGAAGAAAAAAAAUGAACGUUACGAAAGCCAAACAACAACAAAUAACCCGGACUGAUUCUAAUGCCAAUCGACCCAGGCCUGGAUGUGGACAAUCGGUUUUGGAUUGCCGUUGGGAACGCACUGAGCCUGUUUAGAGCAGGCGCCGGCACGAACCUAAUGAAUCAACGAAUUAACUAUAAAAUCUCUAGAGCUGCAUUGGGAGAAAUUCGAUGUAAAAAUGAAGACAUCACCAAGACAAAGGAAUACAUUAUAUUUUAUGGUGACAACAACAUUUACAUUCUUAAAAACAGGAUUUGAUGUGAAGAAAGAAGCCGUCGGUGCAGUUAUAGCUUUUAAACAAGACGAUGAAAGAUUUUGCUUUUUGCGUGUGCGAGGGAAAAUGUUUAAUGUAACAUUUGUAAAUGUUCAUGCCCCCACCGAAGAUGCAUAAGUUCAGAUAAAAUAAUCCUUUUAUGGGACACUAGAAAAGAUCUAAGAAGAAGCACCACCACAUGAUAUAAAAAUAGUGAUUCGCGACUUUAAUUCCAAAAUAAGGAACGAAAAAGUGUUAAUGCCAACUAUUGGCAAGGAGUCUCAAUAGGUGAAGCAUCCCAUGACAAUGGAAUCCGACUCACAAACUUUGCUUCAGGAAAAGGGAUGACAGAUAGCAGCACCAAGUUUCCACACAAAAAUAUACAUAGAGCUACUUGGAACUCACCAGAUGGAAUCAUCCACAACCAAAUUGACAAUGAUCUAAUCGGUCGGAGGCCUGGAUCAGAUAUACUAGACGUAAGAGACCAUUGAGGAGCAGAUGCAGACUGACCAUCUGUUUGUAAAGGUUAAAUAUACACAGAGAAUAAGCACAAUUCACAAUGGCUGAAAUCAAAGAGAAAAACGACAUGAUUACCAAAAAAAAACUUUAAAAUUCUAUUAAAAGAUCAGCAGAAAAAGUAGUAGGAUUUCAGCAAAUCAAAAGUACAGUAGGCUGAUUUGAUAAUGAAUGCAGAGAGACUGUCAAAGAAAGGAACAAGGCCCGAAUGGCCAUGAUACAAAAGGAAACCAGAAAUAUGAGACAAGUGUACAAUGAAGCCAGAAGGAAAGCCACUAAAAUGUUUAGAAAGAAAAAGGAAAAAGGAAAUUGCAAAAAGCUAAACUAAAGGAAAUAGAAGAGUUAUCAAGAGAGAAAAAUGGUAGAGGGGUGUACAUGAAGAUAAAAGACGAAAAGAAUGGACACCAAGCCAGAACGAAAAAUGUGUGAAAACCAUGAUGGAGAAUUUAAUACGGAAAAUAGUUAAUUACUGGAGAGGUGGGUUGAAUAUUUUGAGGGCACACUAAAUGACUAAAGGAGUAAAGAGGGUGCACCACCAAAAUCCCAGAGGAAAACGAUUCAAAGACAGACCUAAGCUGAAAUGGAUGGAUGAAUGAUGAGGGAAAAAACUACAACUGGGAAUCCAAGCAUGGGAAAGAAAAGCAUCAGUUAGGUAUGCGUGGAAGGAAGUGGUGUGGGUGGCAAAAGCACUACAUUGCCCCCCAGCGCCACGGGGAUGUAUUUAAUAAAAAUGUAAUUUACUAUUUAACUGUAUGUGUAUGUAUAUAUAUAUAUAUAUAUAUAUAUAUAUAUGUAUAUUAUGUAAAUUUUAAUUUAUACUCAUUUAAAUGUUUUGUUGUUGUACUGAUGAAGGCAUGUGCCGAAACGUUUACCUGUGAAUUAUGUAAAACUAUUGUUAAAGCUAAACAUAUAUUGUUAUAUUGACAAAAAUUGUUCGUGUCUAAUUAAUCUAUUUUAAAGCUUUAUCGCAGUCCAACACUCUUUUAAUUAAUCUAGUUAUACAUGAGCAUAUUAAAAAAAAAAUUGUUAUAUCUCAUCUGCCAGACAUAAUGGCUGAAGGCAUUCCUUUGCCAUUAGUACCAGAAGUGACAUUCACGAAGUCACAAAUGAAAUAUUAUGAUGUAAGUAUCAGAUACUCCCCCAUGUGUGCACUAUAUAUAAAAUGUAGCGUAAUCUUUUCAUGGGCUUUGGAACGCCACAAUAACUUUAUUGUAUUGCCAUUUAAUCGUCAAAUAUGUUUUUUUUGUGUUAUUUAACAUCAAAUUCAACCAUUUAAGUCUUUGUUAUAACUACAAAGUAAUAUGUAAAUGAACUUUAAUCAAUAUAAGCCUUUAAUUUUUAUAUUUUCGAAUUUUAAAAACUGGGCGACCAAAGCCAAUGCAUUCUUCGUUGGAUACUAUGAAAACUAAUGAACCUAUUUGACGCAUUCUAUUCUGCAUCCAUAUGCGUUUCUUUUUUUUCUUCAAGAAUAGUUUAAAUCCCAAAGUUUUGCAUAAAUUAAAUUUCAAUUUCAGGGUUUCCUUGCCAUAGGCACUGACGUCAAGUACCAAAACAUUGAGUAAGACAAUAACCUCCAGAUAAUGCCUGCAUCAAAGAACAGCAACGAGCGUUGUACCACUCGAAUAACAACAAAAUUCACGGGUAUAAAACACAUUAAAUUUAACAUGAUAAAUUAGAAGACAUCUUUACAGAGGAAGUUUUUUUUUUUUUUUUGGUGAAAAAUAUUUAAUCUUUGAAACCAGUCGAUGGGGUAAUAAAAGUAAUUCUGAACUAUGGUGUGCCUUACGUUCAUUGAACACUGGCCUUGUAGUGAUUGAUGCACUUACUAAAUGUGACAUAAAUAGAACAAGAUAAAGCGAUCUAUAUAUACACACACACACAGUUACAAAGUCUCUCAUACGGGAAUUGCUCUUUACCGAUGAUGCAGCAUUAACGUCACACAUGGUCACAUAUAGCAUACAGUCAUUUUUUUUUUUUUUAAAGUUGCCCUUUACACACGUGCACAGAAUAGGACUCAGCCUAUUGAUUUUUGACUUCGGAAGAACAAAGCCUCCCUACUAGUCUGUCACGCCACGAAGAGGCAAACCCCAUGUGACCCCACCAAGUCGCCUCGGCGGUGGGGAUCCCUGACUUAAAAGCGUUCAGUCAGAUCCCCUCCAGUAGAUAAUAAUUUUAAUUUUAUUUCGCAGUAUUAACAAUGCACUAAAAAACGCACUAAAAAACCCCCUGAUGUUUGGGUUUUCCCAGAUAAAUGUGAUUACGGUGUACUUCUUAGAUCAUAUUUUUUUUUCAUAACUUUGUGAUUCGGAUAAAUGCUUAAAUAGUUACUUAGUUGCUAC